AUGAGGCUGAGGUGCAGUAAGCAGAUGCAGCCCAGCUCUACGAAGGAGCGCCUGCCGUUUCUCCACCUUGCCUUCUUGUGCGUGCUGGAAGCUGCGUACUUCUACACGCUCAGCAACAUCUUCAGCUUUGCGGGCAUUCUCAGUGUGGACCUCGGAUGGGCUCCGGACAAGAACCAGGCGGGCUUCGUGGCAGGCUGGUUGCAAUCCUCCAACGUCUUCGGCCGCAUCUUUACGUCUCCGGUCUGGGGCUUUGUCGCGGGCCGCUAUGGCAUCAAGGUUGUGCUUGUCAUUACUUUGGUCUCCAUGCUGGUGGGCGGCAUUCUCUUCGGUUUCUGCACGAACCUCAUUGCAGCGAUGAGCGUUCGCUUCAUUUUCUUUGGGCUUCUGAACGGCUGGCAGGUUUUGAUAGGUCCUUGUGCGAUUGCUGCGGCUGGACGCGAACGCCAAACAGAAGUUCUAGGACUGAUCUAUGCAGCCGACGGCAGCAUGCAGUUGAUAGGUCCACUCGUAGGAGGCUGGACUUAUGGCGCCUUCGAAGAAUUUCCAGCACUACUGCCAAGCCUGAUUGGAUGUGGUUUGAGUAUUCUUGCCUCCGUCCUCUUGCUUGCGGUCCGCAAGACCUUCGCGCAAGAGGAGCGUACGGUCAAGGCAACGCAGGCAGAACCUCGAUGGGAUCCCCCACUUCCCUCGCUUCCGAAGCCCCGCUCGUCAAUUUUCCAGAAGCCUUUGCCGCUGAUCUUCUUCAUGCGCUUUGUCUCAGGGUGCGCCACGUAUGCCAUGUUUGAUGCUGUGCCGUUGUGGCUAAUCUCCGACACUGAACUGGGUGGCCAUGGAAUGACUGAAAAGUCAGUCGGCUCUUUUCUCUGCAGAUCGGCUGUUUGGUACAUCAUCUACUUCACCUGGGUCCUGCCAUGGUGCUCGAAGCAGUUUGGAAGUCGCUGCUACAGCAUUGUGGUAAGUGUCGUUGCAGCAGCCACGGCUUGCUUCUUGCCUUUCUCUCCACACAUUCCAGCAGCCAACGUGUUGCACCUCGUCUGGGCAUCUGCCCUGAUUGGCAACAAUGUGCUGAACGUUGCUUUCACCAACAAUGCGUGUCCGGAACAUCAUUUCAUGGCAACUGGUCUUGCAGUGACUUCUGAGACAGUUGGGAAAGCCAUUGGACCAGCGGCGUCUUCUUCAGUUUUCGCGUGGACACUGCGAACUUGGGGCUGGCACGGGCAUGGCGCCCUGUUUUUCAUGUUGGCGGGAUGCUCGAUCAUUCAGAUCGCUUGUGUCCUUUGUCUGCCCGACUACGUCGAGCCUGCUUGCCAGCCUCUAGAGGCAGGGCCAGCUGAUUCUAGCAUCGCGGGUAAGGAAGAUAAAGCUGUGGAUUCUUCACAUGCUUGA